AUGCCCCUCAACAUCUCCCCCCUUCUCCACUCCGACAUCCCCGCCUUCGCCCUCGUCGAAGCCGCAGCCGCCGCCCACUGGCCCUUCGCCCUCGCCAUGGAAGUCCCCGGAACCCCCCGCACCGUCUUCGUCGAAGACUGGGCGCGGCAGACCCUCGAUAAGCCUAAUGCAAGAUGGAUGAAGGUGUCGGAUGCGGAGACCGGGGAGAUGGUCAGUGCGGCGUUGUGGCAUAUACCGGCUCGCGACAGCGAGGAGGGGGUGGAAGGGGAGGGAGGGAAGAGGAGGGAGGAGGAGGGGGUGGGGCAGCCGGAUCCAAUGCCGUUGUUGUUGGCGGCGGAGAGAGCGUGGAAGGUGUUUGAGAAGGAGUGGAUUGGGGAUAGACCGUACGCUCUUCUCAGCCUCCUAGUAACACACCCCCACCACCAACGCCGCGGCGCCGGUACUCUGCUCGUAAAGCAAUUCUGUCGUGAUGCAGACGCUCAAGGCCUCCUCUCCGCCGUGACAGCGUCCGAAGCAGGCGAGGCGGUGUACGCGAAGCAAGGCUUCGUGGUGAAGAAAGUGGACCCGAUGGAUUUGCGGCCGUAUGGAGUUGACGCUACGGAUCUGAAGAGGCGGAUGCUGAGGGAGGUCGGGUCGGACGAGGUGGCGAGAUAA